AUGAUCGCGCUGUCGGUGAUGGCGUGCUGCUGCUGCUACAGCGACGUGAAGCCCUUCGGCCCGAUAAUGGUGACGGCUUUCCGGGCGAGCCCGCCGCCGCGAACGUCAUCCAAGAAACGCUUCGAGAACAGUGGCCUCAAGUCUCAGCAGAUGGACGCCACGCCCCUCAAAGAGGCUCUCGAGUUGAUCGCAAUGGAGACCAGCGGCAGCAGGCGUGUAACGAAGAAGGCCCUUCUUGAAUCUAUUGGCUACGGGGUCAUGGACCCUUUGGCAUACCAAACGUUCGAGAACUCACCGUUACCGCCUAAGCUGAGACCGACCACCCACGUCAGAAUCGCCGACGGCAUACACACCUUCGGUCAAGAGUUCCUGGGAGUUCCGCCGGAAGAGGGCGUGUCUUCCUUUUCCGAGUACGCGGUGGCGGGUUCGUCAGCCUCCGAAACCACCGCUCACAGCAGCGGCGACGGUACCGAUCCUUCUGCCGUGGGAGGGUCGCAGCAGUUUGAGCUCCAGCCUAAGCUUCCCGGCCUCGGUAUGAGGAUGACGAUGCUGCGGCUAGGAAGUGGCGAGCUCCUUGCCCACUCUCCCGUGGCACCCACCGUCGAGCUCUUGGACAUGCUGAGGGAUUGCUUCCCGGCCGUCGGACCGACAACCAAGGUGCACCUCUUCAGUGCGUCGGUGUCCCCCGAGCACUGGGCGUUCCUGAAGCACUGGAAGGCGAUUUUCCCUGCGGCGGAGGUGUGGGCUGUUCCCGGACCCCACCGGCGCCUCGUGGGCGUGGAGGUGGACCACGACAUCGAACAGAUCAGCGGGGUGCCGGAGCGGCUGGGCGGAGAAGUGGAGGUGGCCGUUUUGGAGGGCGUUCCCAUGGUCAGGGAGGCGUUGCUGCUGCACCGGCCGACGGGGACCGUGUUGUCGGCUGACCUCCUGCUGGCCAUGGAUCCGAGCGCUAUCGCCGCACAAGACGCUGCCGCUGGUGGUGAAGGACAGCGACCCGAACCCACUUCUUCUGCUACGGCGUUCUCUCCUCCUGGCGAAUCUCCGACGACUUCUUCAAGCCUCAGGCCCAAGAGGUUCGGAGAGCACAGCGGUAGCUUGGCGGAAGUGGAGACAUCGCCGGACUCGGAAAAGAAGGGAGGGGGGAGCAGGUGGCGCCGCCUCCGUUGGGGGAUCCUGGACAAGACCGCCUCCCUGCUCGACAUGAACACCCUCGCCGUGUUCGCCCCGGUCAAGACCCUCCUGCACGCCUUCAAGGGUAACAGCGGCGCUUUCUCUUCCCGGGUGUUGAGCUGGGACACCAAGGUGCUCGUCGCCUGCCACGGUCAGUCGCCGCUGGAGGGUCCCGAGCUGAAGGGGAUGCUCCACGCUGCCCUCGGAAGGCAACCGGCGGAACCGGGGCGUUCAUCACCGGCUGUUACAGCUGCUGUUGCUGAACCACCGGAGCAACAAGCGGCCAACGCCCCUUCUGCGGGGGGUGCAGGAAUGCCCGGUAAGGACAAGGCGGCCGGCGGGGUUUCGCCGUGGUCGCGGCGGCUGCCUACAACCUCCGGCGCGAACGGCGCCGACAACGUCCUCGGGGGGCUCCGUGUCUCAGCGGGGGAGGGGGGGGGGGAGACCAUGCUGGAGGCGGAGGCCCGCGCGAGGAGAUACGUGCGGGACAAGCUGGCCGGAGACGGGGCGGGAGCGGCGGAGUUUGUCGCGCCACCGGAAUCGCCGAAAGCGGCAAGAGGUCGAGCCUUCGGGGGAGAGAGAAAACCGGCACCGUCGGCGAGAACGGGGGAGGGCUUAGGGCCGGGACAAACGACGCCGCCGGCGAAGGUUGAGAGGCAGCAACCGGCGGCGGCGGCGGCGGCGGCGGCGGGUGAUGUGCGUGACAAGGGCGAGGCCGGGGGGGCGGGCGCGGAGGGCGGCGACAACCCUUUCGUGGUGGGGGCUGAUACCAGGUACGACGAGGGUCCCGUGGGACCGAUCGGAGAGGCGGACGAUGACCCUUUCGAGGCGCCCUUCUACCCCUUCGAUGCCGACGGGCCGCCAUUGAAUGGUCGAGCCCUCCAGUAG